AUGGCGAAGCACCCGGCUUCAUCGGCGGGCUUCAACUUGCUGGUGUUGGUCAUGAUCUUGCUGAAUACCGUAGUCAUCGGGAUCGAGGUGGACCUGCAGAGAAGCCGCGAUCUUGAGGCCCGGUCAUACUGGUUUGCCAUCGAGGCCAUGUUUGCUUUGUUUUUUGGAGUUGAAUGCCUUAUGCGGGUCCACCAGCUGGGAGUGGACUACUUUUUAGAUGCGUGGAAUGUCUACGACUAUACCUUGGUGACCCUCAGUGUUGCCGAUGUUGUUGUGAGUAUCACCGUGCCGGGCUCUGGUGGUCUGGGUAUUGCCAAGAUGCUUCGCAUCUGUAGGCUGCUGCGGGUCUAUCGAUCCGUGAAGGGCCUCAAGGCCUUAGCAGGCCUUUGGGUCAUUACCCAGGGCUUCCUUGACUCCCUGCUGGCUGUGGUCUGGGUCAGUUUCGCACUCUUCCUCUUUCUCUUUAUGUUUGCUGUCAUCGUGACCACCAUGGUGGGGCAAGACCUUGACAUCCGAAGAGAAUGGAGCGGCGCAGAUCUUUACGUGGGUGGAUUGUGGAAAUCCAUGCUUACGAUCCUCCAGGUUUUCACGAUCGAUGCUGUCUCAGCUACGCUGGGUCAGCCGUUGAUGAACAUCUCCCCCAUAACUGUGGCAAUGCUGGUGGUAUCCGUCAUUUUCCUGAACUUCGGGUGCAUCAACAUCCUGGUGGCCGUGAUGGUGGAGCACAUCGUCAACAUCGCUGCCGAGACCAGAGUGAACUUUGCCAAGGUCCUCGCAAAGGUCGAGAGCAAGGUUUUUGGAGCCAUGCUGGAGGAGUUGACGGAAUACUGCGAUGAUGGGGAAGGCGGCGGAGAACUGACCUACAAGGAUUUCAAGAAGGUGAUCCGCACGAAGACUAUGGUAGAGAAGAUGAAGCUGCUCAACUUUUGCUUUGACGAAAUGGAGCUCCUCUUUGAGCUCAUGGAUGCUGACGGGAGUGGUUCCAUCAGCCCCAAGGAGUUCGUCUCGGGCUUGCGGAAGAUGAAAGGACCUGCCCUGGGUUCCGACGUCGUUCGCUUGAUCGGUCUUGCACAGAAGCAGACCGGUCGGGCCCUGGUUUUCAACCGGAGGCUGCUGGUGCUGAACGAGAAGGCCGAUGAGAUUCAGGAGCGUUUGAACUUCAUCGGCCAGCAUUGUGCCGAGGAGCUGAUCGAGCGGUCACACAGCGAGGUUCGGCAAGAGAUGGCGCUGGUUGAGUCCGCACAGAGACAGCUGGUUAUCAUCGAUUGCGAUCAGAAGCGGCGUACGACUUAUCCAGGUCUUCUACCCGAGGAGCCGAAGAAGCCUCUUCGAUUGGCACCCUGGGAGCAGCCCAAGCCCAGACGAGGCUCCAUGGAGGUCGUCCAGCCGCUGGAGACAGUGGACGAGGCCGGCGAGGUUCCUGCGGAGCCGCGGGAAGCCCCGGAGCAAACAG